UAAAACUGCCGGAGACUGACUUUUAGAGCAAAUCUAAAUGUGCCAGAAGUUGUUCCCAGGCUAAGAAAACACCAUUGGACUAUUUCUUUUACAAAUACAUAUCAUAAAAAAUAUAAAAUGGAGCUUGAAACUCGGAAACAACACUUUCACAGGGAAAAAUCACAUCUAUGGAAGUUUUUCAUGGGGUUGUGUCUACUGGUGAUUGUGAGUUGUCUGGAAUAAAUACAAACUCCACUUCUCCUUCAGUGCUCAGUUCAGAAGAGUCAAGCUCAUUUUACUCUGAAAAAGGAAUCAAUUUAGACGACUACUCCAGGUUACAGCAGGAUGUUUACUGGGCCGGGCCUGACAGACCAAUCACAAAUGUGUACAUGAGUACUAGUCCAGACCGCACCAAAUUCAUCAUUCAGAACCUGAAAGAGAGCUAUCAAAUUGGUGAGGAGCUUUAUGUUACGGUGCACGCAAAGGAUUUUGACAACAAAUCCAAGCGUUAUGGAGGCGACUUUUUUCAAGCCAAGCUAUUCUGGUCUAAAACUAAGGCCAGUGUUUUUGGUGAGGUGGUGGACCUGCUCAAUGGCUCCUACUCUGUACGUUUCCUCUUGCCGUGGGUCGGCGAGGCACAGGUGGCUGUGCGUCUAAUUCACUCCAGUGAAGCUGUGCAGGUCCUGAAGCAUCACAGAGAGACAGACUCUGACAGAGUGUUCUUUAACGGAUAUUAUGAGGGACCAGGACUAAAUAAUACCAGGCGGAGUGAAACAGUGAUGUGUAAUGUAAAGUGGGACAAGAAUGGACUAGAGCGUAUGGGAACAGAAGACUGCUGCUGUGAAUACAACGAUCCCCGUACCGGAGAAACUUGGCGCUGUCAGAGACCCAAAUCGCUGCCAUGCAGUGCCCUUGUGUACCACUCUAUGGGUGGUUAUAGAAACCGCCUGACUAAAACGGAGAAAAUACUUUUGAAGCAAGCUAACAAAGGUAUCAAUGGAGAUAAAAGGAUCAUCAAAAUCUUUUCUUCCGAGGGAAAUGAAACUAUUGAUGUUCCAGAGAAAUGUCACCCUGGUUUACACACUCCCGUUCCAGCUGGCUUUUACUUGAAUGAUGUGUGGACGUCAUUUGUCUGUCACACCCGCCAUUUUACAACCCAAACGGCAACAGAGUGUCUGAAAGACAAACACAUACACAUGAUGGGAGACUCUACUACAAGACAGUGGUUUGAGUUCUUUGUGACAGCAAUACCAACACUGAAGCAGAUGAACCUGCAUGUUCAAUAUAAGGCAGGGCCGCACAUAGCAGUGGAUGUGAAUAACAACAUUGACUUACACUGGAGGUCUCACAGCGUUCCUUUCCGCACUCCGAAAACAGCAUUCGCUGAUCUGCACUACAUCAGUAAUGAGAUCGAUGACCUGGCUGGAGGAUCCCACACAGUCAUUAUCUUCAAUCUGGGACCCCAUUUCACCACGUACCCUCUGGAUUUCUUCACCCACAGAGUGUUGAGGAUUCGCAAAGCUGUUCUAGCAUUGUUACAGCGGGCACCUGAUACAACUGUUAUAAUCAAGACUGUCAACACUGGCUAUAAGAAUAUUUUUGACAGUGACUGGUAUUCUCUACAGCUGAACAAAAUUCUGCACUGGGCUUUUCAGGAUGUUGGCGUUUAUAUUAUAGAUGUUUGGCAAAUGACCUCAUGCCACUACAGCAAAGACAACAUGCAUCCUGGCCCUAUCAUCAUUAAAAAUGAGAUUGACCUUUUACUAUCUUUUAUUUGCCCUUACUGAAUCUAAAUUAAAUGAUCUUGAAAAUGUUGUUCAAUAACUGUUAUUACAAGAGAAAAGCUGUCUGAAAGAACACUGAGAAAUCCUGUUUGACUUUCCUGAGUUGUAAUUAAAUUGUCCAAUUAUAAACCACUGCUUGAAUUCUCCACUAAAAUAUUUUUUUUAAAGAAUGGUUUAGUACAUGUCAGAGACCUCAUUUUUUGUUUUAUCAUCUCCAAAUUGUAAAAUCAACUUCUUUGGCUUACUAAAUAAACCUGCUGUUUGUGUCAUUAAUGUUUAUCAGUCAACUUUAAUAAUAGCUUUAAUAAUAACCAGUUUAUGUGUAAUUAAUAAACUGAAGACUAUGCAGUGAUUACUUUUACAUGUUUUACAAUUUCUGUAUGAAUUCUUACUUGAAUACUUCUGUUAAAUAGAUGUAAAAUUAAAUAAAG